CCCCCGCCCGCACGUCCCCGGCAGGGCGGAGCUGGCGCCGCUGCUGUGAUGGCGUCGCGGGCGUUGCGGGCGGAGGCGCAGCCGCUGCGGUGCCAAUAGAGAGCGGAGCGGCCGGGCCGGGCAUGGAGAGCCUGGCGCAGCCCCCGCCGCCCCCGGGCUCGCUGCAGACGGGCGGCGGGGGCGCUGCCAGCCGGCUCCGCCUGGGAGAGGCGGCGGCGGACGAGGGCGGCUGCAGGGAGGCCGAGGAGGGCGGCGGGCGGCGCAGCCCUUCCCCUCCGCCGGCCCCCGCUCCCGCCGCGGCCCCUCAGACCGCGUCCCCCUCCCGGGCCGCGGAGGGUGCUGCGGCCGCGGAAGGCGCGGGGCUGGCGGUGCCGGAGAGUCCCGGAGCGGCGCCCGCCUCGGAGAGCGCUCCCGCGGGAGCCGGCUCCGGGAGCAGCGGCGCUCCCAGCCCGCCGGGGGAGGAGUCCCGCAGCCUGGACUCGCUGGAGUCCUUCUCCAACCUGCACUCCUGCUGCCCGAGCAGCUCCGAGCUCAACAGCGACGCCGACGAGGCGGUGGUGGCGGGGGCCUCCUCGGGGGGCCCGGCCCCGGAGCCCGAAGGGGACAGGCCGGCGGCGGGCUCGCAGCUCCUCUCUGCUUCCAAGGAACGCUUCCCGGGCCAGUCGGUCUAUCACAUCAAGUGGGUCCGCUGGAAGGAGGAAAACACGCCCGUCAUCACCCAGAACGAGAACGGCCCCUGCCCGUUGCUGGCCAUCAUGAACGUGCUGCUCCUGGCCUGGAAGAUUAAACUGCCACCGAUGAUGGAAAUCAUAACGGCUGAACAGCUGAUGGAAUACUUAGGAGACUACAUUCUUGAUGCAAAACCUAAAGAGAUAUCUGAAAUUCAGCGACUUAAUUAUGAGCAGAAUAUGAGUGAUGCAAUGGCAAUUCUGCACAAGUUGCAGACGGGUCUGGAUGUCAAUGUGAAGUUCACAGGUGUCCGAGUAUUUGAAUACACACCUGAAUGCAUAGUGUUUGAUCUGCUUGAUAUCCCCUUGUACCAUGGAUGGUUAGUGGACCCUCAGGUUGCUGAUAUAGUAAAAGCAGUUGGUAACUGCAGUUACAAUCAGCUGGUGGAGAAGAUAAUUUCUUGUAAACAGUCAGAAAACAGUGAACUGGUUAGUGAAGGGUUUGUAGCUGAGCAGUUCCUAAAUAACACAGCUACGCAAUUGACAUACCAUGGACUGUGUGAGUUGACUUCAGCUGUCCAGGAGGGAGAGCUUUGUGUGUUCUUCAGGAACAACCAUUUUAGCACCAUGACCAAAUACAAGGGUCAGCUUUAUCUGCUGGUGACAGACCAGGGCUUUCUUACAGAAGAGAAGGUUGUGUGGGAAAGUUUACACAAUGUGGAUGGUGAUGGGAAUUUCUGUGACUCUGAAUUCCACCUGAGGCCUCCAUCAGACCCUGAAACUGUCUACAGAGGGCAGCAGGAUCAAAUAGAUCAGGAUUACCUGAUGGCAUUGUCUCUACAACAAGAGCAGCAGAAUCAAGAAAUUAACUGGGAACAGAUCCCAGAAGGAAUCAGUGAUCUAGAGCUAGCAAAGAAACUCCAGGAAGAGGAGGACAGGAGAGCUUCCCAGUACUAUCAGGAACAAGAACAAGCAGCUGCUCAGGUCCAGCAGGUACAAGGUGCUGCCUCUCCAGCCAGCACAAGACAAUCCGGGAGUAACGAACGCAAACGCAAAGAGCCUCGAGAGAAGGAGAGGGAGAAAGAGAAGAACAGCUGCGUUCUCUUGUAACAGAACAUGGAUUCCAUCUGGAGCCAAGUGCAUGUCCUCAGAAGCAAAAACAAGGAGUAAAAAGGAAGACAAACCUGUUACAUGCCGCCUGUGCCUGAUUACCCCAUGGAUUUUGUUCAUGUUCCAAGAGAGGAUGGAUGACUUUGUACCAAUCAGACUUCCUUCAAAGUCAUAGCGCGUGCUGCUCAAGAGGGAAUUCCAAAUCACAGUUGGAUGCGGCUGUGCUUUGAGUUAGUCAUAAGAAAUAUUGCACCUUGUAGCUGAACACACAACUCAUGGCAAGUCCUGUGUCAUAGUGACAUCCAUUACUCAUUACAUCAGUUAGUAAGCUAUUUUAUCUUCUACUCUAAACCAAGGUAAUUCAUUUUGUGUAAGGCUUUUUCCUGAAGUCUGUACACGAGCACAACAGAGUUCUAUGUUACUUCCUUAGUAUGAAACUAUAUCUUAGGCUGGGUAUAGUCUCCACGACACAUGAGCCCAAGUAACAGCUGGGCACUGCCUCCUCAGUGUGUCCAGAUUUCUUUGCUUCUGGAUCUGGUAUGUUCUUUUUCUGAACCCAGAUUUAUACUUGUUACUGCUAUCACUGCAUCUCCUGGCCAGCUUUCUUGCCCCAAGAAUAUGUGACUUGAUAGGCAGCAUACGAAAAUUGUCAUGAAGAAAAUGGGGCAUUUAUUAAAAAGCAAGAUGAAUAUUGUUUGCUUUUCUUGCAACUACAAACUGGGUAUGGCAACUCAGAUGUUAUCAGGGUUAAACAAGUAAUUUUAUAGGUAACUUCUUUUUUCUUUUAUUAUUUUUUUCCUCUUGUAGGUAAACUGGACCAGAUAAGCUUUUAUUUAUUGACCUCUCCAUAUGAUAGAUGAAUGAUGAGAGGAAACUAAAGUCUAUAAUAAUCGUUAUUCUAUAUAAGAAUGCAGAGUUAAAAUAACUAACUAUCUGCCUUUUAUCCAGAAGUACCUUGAACUUCAACAUGACGUUAACAUGUCCACUUGUAUAUUUAAGCAAGUGUACUGUAGUUAGAAACACACUUUAUUGUUUGUUUUAUAAAUCAUGUAUUCUUAAAAAAGCACACUUCUGAAGGGGUGAGAGAGGAGUGAAGCUGCCUCUCUGAGAUGGUUUGAAAGGUGAUCAGGUGUAAUAUUUUGUUUUUUAAAUCACUAAUUUAGAAUUUUUGGAAACCAGAUUUUUCUAAUGUAUGGGAACCAAAUAAACAAGUUGCAUCUUGUAGUAUUUAUAGAAUGCAGAAACAGAACACUUGAUGAAUUUUGAGGGAACCACAAAUCUUCCUCCACUUCCAUUAAAUCAAUAACAAUUAGUUCUUGCUGAACCUUUUGAUAAAAAUUUCUAUUUAGCGAUUUGUAGAUACUUUUGAAAAAGGCUGCUUCUCCUGGACAAGUUCUGUAUCUGUGCUCUAAGCCUUAGUGUUCACACAGAAUAACCUGGGCAAGCUGAGGUGGAAUAUGACAUUCCUGCUUCCAGGUGUUUGGAGAAUGUCUACAAAAGUGGGUGUCUACCACAAGUCCACUGGUAAAAAGCCACUUCACAAUUAUUUCAAGCAGACUGGCUGCACUGAUGGCACCCGGUCAUCACACACAUCUGUUACCAACCUAGAAUGAAAAUGACAUAAAGGAAGAAUGUCUUACCAACUAAAGGGCCAAUUUGUAUCACUUUUCUUCCAUGCCUUUUCCUCUUUUGUUUUUCUUCCACUUUUAUGAUUUCCCUUUUAUAAUGAUGAAGUAAUGAACAGUAGGAGGUCUCUAAUAUGUAAACUGUAAAUUUAAAAAUAUCUUCUCUAGAAAAGUCAUGCCCAGAGAAGUAAUUUUAAUACUUAAUGUAUGCAGUUCAGAUAAUUUUCUAUGUCAAAGCAAAGGUUGAUGUCUUUUUUUCCUUUGCAGCAGCCUAACUUCUUCAGAAAUUAAUGUGAUGGAGGAUCACCAACAUAAUGACUUAGCUACUUUAAGUAGAUGAGAAACUAUUCCAAUAGUGUCAAUAACAGAGACUUUAAGCCAGAAUGUUGUUUAAAAACAUUCUGUUACUAAGAUUUUUCCAAAUUUUGUGUAUUUACAUUUAUUUAUUGACCUUGAAAAAUAAAUAUGUCAAGCUAA